UUGUAUUAAAAUAUGUAUCGAUAAAUUCGAUAUAUUUCUUUCUUAUUGUCAAGUGAUACAAAAUUAAUAAAUUCAUCAUAAAUUAAUAAAUGUAUCAAAUCAUACCACAUCCCAUUGAGUUAACCUAUUUAAAUAAAUUUUCCUUUAGUUAUCGAUCUGCUACCGACAGACCAUCUUCAGUGCCAUCUCUAGUGCAUGCUUUUUGAAUCCAACGCCCUCGGGAUUGAUACCACAAAAUAUAUCAUUAUGUCAAGAGCAUCAUAUGAGCCUCCUUUGAUUGGGUGCGAGGUCCGCCCCACUUGAACGGGUCUUACACUCGCCGUGUGUGCUCCAUGUAUACAUAGUAUGUACUACAGGAGACCCUGACAAGUCGGGUAAUCUAAAGAUGACUCCGAUAAGAUUCGAUUUUACGGAUAUCUCCGCCAGCGACUACGCCCACCCCAGCCCACCACGGGCUGUCCACGAACCGGGCAAGUGGUCUAGUCUCGGGGCUUUGUGGUCUGGGGAAUUUCUCCCUGCCGUGUCCGGAAUCGAAAUCGGAAUGGAUUGUGAUGACUUCUGGAGUGGAGAGCUCCGUCCGUGUGACGUAUUUGGAGCCGCACCGGAGCGUGUUUAAGUGGGCCGCGCUGCUGCUGGCAAGCGCCGAGCGAUCGGAUCGAUCCGGCGAUCGAGCGCAGCGUAUAAAUGGAGUCCCCGCGCCGACUCAGCGUUCAGUCGGUUUCCAAACGCAACGGCGGCGAGAGCGUUACUACAACCACUCCAAAUAGUCAUUAUAUUAUAUAUAGUACAUACCGGCCAAAAUCGGGCAGUAACGAAAGCAAUUACAACAGUUGUGAAUAUGGUGACAUUUGCCUCGAUCGCUGGCCAACAAUCAAUUACCACGCCGCAUUAAGAACGCGCAGUGCCAGAACAAUAUAUAAUAUAUAGAGUAUUUUUUCUAUAUAGUAAAUAAAUUAAAUUUAAAGUUAAAGUAGUUAAAAAAACCCUUAAACAUCAUCAUCAUGAAGCUUAUGUGCUGUGGCGGUAGCAACGGUUCCAUGGACAUGAACACCAAGAAUUCCAAAAAGGAGGAUGAGGCCGUGGGCCAACAUUCCGGCUUGGGAGUGCGACACUUUCAGGUAUUCCUGCUCUUCUUUGCCCUGACGGUGGCCUAUGCCUUGAGAGUCAACCUGUCCGUGGCUGUGGUGGCCAUGACUGAUGCUGCCUCCGUGAAUCCCAAUUUUCCGGAGUACGAAUGGUCGGAGAAAACGAAAUCCCUGCUUUUGAGUAGCUUCUUCUGGGGCUAUGUCAUUACCCAGGUGCCUGCGGGUCAACUGGCCCGCAAAUUCGGUGGCAAGAUCAUGAUCCUUUCUGGACUGAGCAUCUGCUCUAUCCUGAAUAUCCUCACUCCUAUUUGUGCCAGGAUUGGAGGCUGGCAGCUGGUCUGUGCCCUGCGUGUCGUGGAAGGACUCUGCCAGGGUGUGGUCUUCCCCUCCACCCACACAAUCCUCUCCCACUGGGCUCCCCCGAAAGAGCGCGCCACCCUGGGCACUUGCGCCUAUGCUGGCAAUCAGUUUGGAACCAUCAUUAUGCUGGCCACCAGUGGAGUGAUAGCAGCCUCGCCCAUCGGCUGGCCCAGCAUCUUCUACAUCUCCGGAGGCAUUGGUUGCGUGUGGUCUGUGAUUUACUUCUUUUUCGGAGCUGGUUCCCCCUCGGAGUGCAAGAGCAUUUCGGCGGAGGAGAGGAAGCUCAUUGAGAUGGGACAUGCCAGCGAGGUGAGCAAUGCCGCUGAGGUGCCCAAGGAACAUUUGCCCACGCCCUGGAUGAGCUUCUUUACAUCGCCCGCCUUCCUGGUGCUCAUUGUGGCUCACUCCACCCACAACUGGGGCUUCUGGACGCUGCUCACAGAGAUUCCCAGUUACAUGAAGAAUGUCCUGGGCAAGGAUAUCAAAUCGAAUGCUUUGCUGUCGUCCCUGCCCUAUGUCUGCAUGUUCUGCAUGUCAUUUGUGUUCUCCGCGAUCUCCGCCCAGUUGAACAACAGGAACUGCGUGUCCACGGUGACGAGUCGCAAGCUCUUCAACUCCAUUGGUCUGUGGAUACCCAUGAUCACGCUGGUGUGUCUGGGUUAUGUGGGAGCCGAUCAAUCGGAGCUGGCUGUGGUCUUGCUCUGCUUCACUGUGGGCAUGAAUGGAGCCACCUACCUGGGCUACAACAUGAACCAUAUUGAUUUGUCACCAAACUUUGCCGGUAUCCUGAUGGGCAUUACCAACGGAGUGGCCAACAUCAUGAGCAUCAUUGCCCCGCUGAUCGUGGGCUUUAUUGUCACAGAUGAGCACGAUCCCGAGCAGUGGCGCAUUGUGUUCUUCAUUGCUUCCGGCAUCUACCUGGUGGGCAACACUCUGUACGUGAUCUUCGGCAAGGCCAGUGUCCAGCCCUGGAACGAUCCUCCGCCGAAGCCCCGCCGCAACUCCACUCCCCAGGUGGAGUCGCAGCACUAAGGACGACGAAUUUAGUGGAAUAGUGGACUUAGAAACCGCCUAGUCAGCUAUGUAGUUCUCUCCGCCAGUCCAGCCACAGGUCCACCGAAUCCAAAAAAAAGAAACUGUCAAACUGUCAAUCCUAAGUUAGGAUCCCUAACUGUAGCAAUGGGCGGGCAAUGCAUUCUCGCAUUUCCGCCGCUUGUAUAUUUGUAAAUUGUAUUUAAAUACCUUGUAUUUGCAUUCCCCCUCGUCUUAAGUCUUAGUUAGUAUCGACUAAUUGAUAAGCUCAACCGAAAAGAAAGAAGAAAAAUAAGAAAAACACAAUAAAUUAAGCAUGUAAGACAUGUGAACAUAAAA